CCGUGUUUAUUUGCCAUUACUUCCUAGAAGUUGAAAGCAUGGAUGAGUGAGAGGAAAAGAGUUGCAGGGCUGCUGUUGCUAUGGAAGCAGAGAGACCCCCAGGCGCUCAGGUCAGUGGUUGGCUGCAGGCUGCUCACAAACAUGUCCUGGACUACCUGCAGGAGGAGGAAGGAGGAGGGGCCCCUGGGCUAUGUGAUGACGUCAUCAGGUGCAUUCAGAAUUUCUGCCCCCAGUUGCCACUUAGCUACAGUUUCACAACAAUCUCCCAGCUCCUCUCCCUGCAGAAAUCUCCAUGUGUGUCUGCCCUGGGCUGGGACACCGAACACUUUCAGCAAUGGAGACACCAGGGUUUGCAGCAGACAAAAGUAAGCCAACCUCCAGUGGUCCUCUCCAGAGCUCGCCUCCUCCUGGUGGGGUACAUAUCAAACUACCGGACAGGAGACAGCCCAGUGCAUGAUGGAAACUUGUAUGUCAGGGACUCCACUGGAUGUAUACCUUGUGAGGUGUCCAAGUUUGAUUUAAACCUAUUGGGGUCACUAGUCCUCUUCCCUUGCUGGUCCUAUAUUCCCAUCCAACAUGGAGGAGGCUACGUGGAGGUCCUGUCUUCUCCUAUCUCAGUCUCUACCCAAGUGGUGAGACCAGAAGUGCCGGACCAGGCCAAUGCCACAGCUCUUAAUUCUGACAAAGCCUCACAGCUUUUGUGUAGCAGGUCCCACCCUCGAGGGUUUCGAGUUUCAGUGACUGGUCAGCUGGUAUCGAUCACAUCACUCAUCAAUAUCCGGGACAAAACCUUCUUCUUUUUCUUUCUUCAGGAUAGAGAUACAACAAAGUCUGUUCCAGUCAUAGUGAAGGUACCUCAAAAGUUGUGUUGGUAUCACGCUCUACACAUCGGUAAUACAUAUGAAGUGACAUCACUCUCAGUAUCCUCUCUCCGUGGGUCUGUGCAGCAGAUUUUUGCCAUUACCUCCUCUUCAUGUCUUAUCCCCCGUCCUGCACUUUCUCCGGCAUGUUCCUCUAGCCUUACAAAAGAAAAUUCAGAAGAGCUUACAGAUCCCUCAAGUGGAGGGCAGGAGCAACAUUUUAACCCACAGGAAAAAAUUAGGGAAAAACAACAAAAGAUGUCAAAGACCCUAACCUACAAGGGUGUUGUGACACGUGUCCGGGAUGCCAAUGCCGGUCUAUAUGAGCUGGAUGGAGUGGUGGUACUUUGCACUGCUUACACACAGCUUCAUAAUGGAGGAAGAGGACUCAGAGAGGGGGCGAGGGUUGAGGUAUGCAACGUUCACCUCCAGCAGUCUCCGAGUCCCCUCUUCCCUACCAUCGUCCUCUCCACCUGUCUAAGAAGCAGAGUCCAAGUCUUUGAGUUCUCUCGUCUAAGCGCUCCUUGUUCUGUGUAUUCUGGUUCUGGGAAUCUCUACCUCCACCUCCUAUUCCACUACCGACUGGGACUUCCAGAGUACCUGUGGGUUUGUGAUGUCAUAAACAAGCUGCAGGAGAAACUGCGGCCUCAGUUUAUCCGGCAGCGCUGCCUCACCCGACACGCGGGGACCUCUUCACAGAGCGUCGCAGAGAAGCUGCUGAAUUCCUCGCUGUCAAUUUUGUCGGAUGGGAGGCAGGAAAGGAACCUGUAUGAGGAGAUGGUGGCCAAUCCACAUGACUGUCCACUCCAUGAGUACUCCCCCUUGCCUCCGCCCUGGAGUCUCCCGCCACUCUCUCACUUCUCAUCACUAGCCUGUAAGUCUCAGUAUCUGCAGAGGAAGGAGUCGAAAAGCAGCCUUGACUGGUGUCAUUAUUCUCUGCCAUCAGAGGACCUCUCUCCUCCUCAUGUCCUGCUCGGUGUUCUUCAUGCUUCCUCCUCAGGAUUCCUUCAGUUAAGGGAUCAGUCCUCUUCCCUCACCUGCCUGCUUCUGCCGAACUCUCCCAUUGCUUGGAUAGGGUGUGUCCUCGAGGUGCGUCGGUAUCAGCUGGUAGUGGAAACUCUGCAAUGCAAAGAAGAGGACGUAGAACAACGCAACAGGACCUAUGCAGUGUUCCUUACUGAAGACGUGACCAUUCUUCACUCACCGCAGUGCUGUCCCUCUUGCUCGGUCCCCACACCUGCUGGGCCAUCUCCUAGUAAGGUGCGUCGGGUGGAUAAUUCCUCGGCAAGGCGUCUCCUGCUGAUCGAGAGCAUUGAGGGUAUGCUGGCUAAGCCGGGGCAUGGAAAGGGGCUUCAGUUUCAGGCUAAAGCUUCAUGGGGGAAUGUGCAAGAAUCGGCCUGCAAGGGACAAGAUGGAGGACAAAAUACAAAAGAUGGAGGCAAGCCACCUAGCAAGGUUCUGCUGCUCUUCUCUGAAUCCUCUGUUCGAUGGUUUCCUUUACUCCGGCCCAACACACAAUAUCAUAUUAUUGCCAGCAGACAAACGGAUGGUGGAACAUUUGAUUCGUUGUCGGAUUGUGGUGUAGAUAUGCAGCGUGGUCUGCGGGGUCUCAAGGUCCCCAGUGAUUGGAUGCUGGAAGAUGUAGAGAGUUCGGAACAUUCAUACAAUGUUGAAAGCUUCUCCAUAGAGGAGGCAGUGAAGAGCAGUGGAUGUCUGGUGUCUGUGAGUGGCCUGGUGUCCUCUCGGUCCAUGUGUGACAUGAAGAGCACGUACACCCAGCAGCGGCGAGCGCGUCCUCACGACAACUUCCUGCCACCCGGUGUCUCCAUCAAGGUGAUCCUGACCCAACCCGCCAACCUAACAUCAGUAUCAGUCUAUUUGGACCUGACACUGGGCCCCUACCCUCUGGGGCUGCUUCCAGGGGCCACUGUGCUAAUGCAAGGACUAGAGAGGAAAAUGUCCAGGUCUGGAAAAGUAUAUCUCCGCAGUGUGUCCACCACCUACAUCAGGGUUCUGAGCCCUCCGACAGAGAUCAGUGACAGUGGUCACCCAGCUCCACCUCUUGUGCUAUUCAGACAACUCUCUGGUUUGCCUUCAUCCCAGCGCGCCGUGUGCUCAGUGACCUGUGUCCUCGGUGUCACCUUGUCCUGGGACUGCUCCAUGUGUUGCAGCACAUUCUCCCAGGGAUUGUGUGAACGUUCGCCUCUCUGCACCUCUCAGUCCGGAGUCUUCCGAGCAAAUGCUUGUGUGAAGGCAGAGGACGGCUCAGGGGAGGUCCAGCUGUACCUCCAGGAUGACGCGGUCUGUCUGCUCCUGGCCGUGCCCAACAGCCUCUGGGAGGCGCUGAAGAGACAAGUUCUGGCUAGAGGAAAAUUAACCGUGAGGACUCGCGGCAGAAGUGAACUGCCGAGUGAAGAGCACAGUGAAGACUCCCUGAUGGAUCAUGUGAGCCUCCUCAUGUCCCGUCCAGCUGUGUCUCGUCCCCUGGUUGUGACAUUCAGACAGACCGGCAUUAGCGGAGCCCAAGCCUCAGUGGCCCAGCUUACCAGAUUCACCCGAGGGGACAGAGAAUACGUGACCCGCGUGCCGCCACCUCCCACUCUGACCUGUCUGCAGCUGCAGGAAGUGGAGCCCCGCGACUUGUGUUGCCUGAUCAGAGAGCGCCAAUCACGUGGCAGUUAGAUCUGCACACCUUCCAGAUGUGUAUUUUCUUCUAGAUUAAUCAGGAAUUUUACCGAAUGUAUAUUUUUGUUAUAAAGCAACAUUUAUUCUUUGUUAAAGAUGAUCUAAUAUAUUUAUAUGGCAAAUUA